AGACAGGAGAAAAAUCGUACCAUGCCUUCUCUCGUCUACCCUUACACAGCCUCACUGCAGUGCCAACUACGCUUCAUCAAACUUACCCUCCCCGUCCCAAUCCCCAGCCUCAGCCCUCUCCAUGUACAGCACCACCCCUCCUCUUUCGCGCGCCGCCUCGUACAGCAUCCCUGCCACCCCCACUGGAGCUUCGCAAACCCCUUCAACCGGCACCACUGUCGACCUAACACAGAGGCAGUCACAAUGUGAUGCCAGCCAUGUCUCUCGACAGGCUGACGCCCCAAAGGUUGCGAAGUACUGUGUCUGGAGCGACGCAGACGACUCCACCAUGGUCGGUGUCCUCACCGAUGCCAAGAUUGACGGCCGGACAUCCGACAAUGGCUUUAAGGCUGGUGUCUGGACAAAAGUCAUCGACGCCGUCAACCCUCCCACCUCCGGCAAGCCCAAGAACUUGCGCUCUGCCAAAGAUCGGCACGGGCAUCUGUCUAGAGACUGGGCCGUUAUGCGUGACCUGAGGUUCAAGAACACGUCAGGAUGGGAAUGGGAUGAUGCGAACUGUAUGGUGACCGCGCCGGAUGAGGUUUGGGAUCGCUAUCUCGAGGCGCACCCCGGCCACAAAAAGUACCGCGAUAAGCCCUUUCCUCUCUACGACCAAUACGAGUUCUUGCUCAGCGACGUCAUGGCUACGGGUGCCAAUGUCGUGACUGCCGGCGACCCCUCAUCUCCGGUCGAAAGCACGUCCACGGUACCCUCGGUACCCGAAGUCAUGGGAGCAAGACAGGCGACUGAAGGGACGGCCGGAGAGUCUCUCGAAGGAGCUCCCUCCUCUUCUGGCUCUGGCGACGCUCCCCCCACCGCUCAUCAUACAACUCCCGUCCUCCGCGCCCCGCCGAAUCUCCCGCCGCCUCGCACGAGUCGAUCCCGUCACUCUCACUUCUCGGGCCAGCAGAGCAUGGACAGAAUGGCUUCGGCCAUGGAGCAGUUUGUCCACGUGGGCAAGGCCUUGGUCGACGCGGACCAGCAGGGGAGGGGCGGGUCUCUUCCGGACACCCCUCGAACCAAGCGCUUGCGCGAGGCCAUUGACUAUACCGCUGACUGCGAUGAUCUUGAUCGCCAUCAACGCAAGGCCCUCAUCCGCCGACUUAUCACCUCUGAUGACCGAAACGCCCUCGCCGUCGCGAUCCAGUCGAUGGAGGAGGGCGGGUUGAAGGCGGACGUGCUGCGGACCCUUGCGGAUGAGGCGAAGUAAGGCAUCAGGGGUACGCGGUGCGAUCGUGUGAAGGCUGUGUGGAUAUCUGAGGCAGUAGCCCGUUGCUGGAGGUGCUAUGGUGCAUUGAAGUGCUCUCUGUGACGUUUGUUGUGUUGCGUCGCAGUGUGUGGGCCUCGUCUUGCUGCAUCAACGCGGCCGCACAACUCUCGCGCGUGAGCUCAUCGCGCCGCGUAGUAUUCAUAUGGCCGUGUCAUGUUGUACUGCUUUCAUCAUGCAUAGAUAGGCCAAAAUUGCACGCCCGAAAGAGACAGAUCUGAUAACCAUACUAGCUCACAUGCAUCGCAAC